GGCGCAAUCCGUAACAUGGAACCCACAUAAACUAAUGGGGGCUCUUUUGCAAUGUUCAACAAUCCAUUUCAAAGAAGACGGCUUGCUCAUGAGUUGUAACCAGAUGGCUGCCGAUUAUCUUUUCAUGCAAGACAAGCUCUAUGAUAUCAAGUUUGAUACUGGAGAUAAAGUGAUUCAAUGCGGUCGCCACAACGACAUUUUCAAGCUGUGGUUGCAGUGGAGAGCCAAAGGAGACGAAGGAUUUGAAAAACACAUGGAUCGACUGAUGGAACUAUCUGAAUAUUUAGUGAAGAGAAUCAAGGAUCAACCUGACAAAUUCUACCUCAUUAUGGAGCCAGAAAUGGUAAAUGUCAGCUUCUGGUAUAUUCCAUCCCGACUGAGAAACAUGCCUCAUAGUAAGCAUAGAGAACAAGAACUUGGAAAGAUGUGUCCAGUUUUAAAAUCGCGAAUGAUGCAAGCUGGCACAUUAAUGGUAGGCUACCAGCCAGAUGAUCGGCGGCCUAACUUUUUCCGGAACAUCAUUUCUUCAGCGGCUGUUACUGAAAAAGAUGUCGAUUUCUUGCUGAACGAAAUGGACCGGCUUGGACACGACUUGUAAAUUGAAUCCGCCUCUACAGAGUUUCGCUAGAAUUUGUAUUCGUCAAGUUAUUCCUAUACUUUGGUGUCUAUUACAGUUUUCUCAACUUCACUUUUUCGCAUCUUGAAGGAAUACGUAGUAUAUCAAUGUUUAUUAAUAUCUCGUGCCAAAAUAUAGACAACAUCCCACUGAAUUUGUGAACAGUGGUCUUUAGUGCGAAAUUUAUGUACAGGAUGUGUUUCUAGCAAACCAACAUUACCUACCCAUUUACAGUAUUUAUGAUGCGAUUGGAUAUUCAGAAAUUUAGGUUAUUCAGUUCGAUUGAUUCAGCUUAGGGCACCAGGAUUGCUAUCACCUAUUACAAACCAAACGGUAGCGAAACGCGAACAAAAAUCAACAAUUAGCUAGUGGCUAAAAAGGCACAUAUGAAAUAUGAAAGGAAAGUAGAACGGGGAUAUAUCGAACAUUUAAAAAGUGAGGAACGCUUUCGGAUAUAUUUCAUUAUUUCUUUACUAAGUUGAGUUUUCGGUUUUACGAAGAGAAUACAUUCUUCUCAACAGCGCAUCGUUAAUAUUCGGACUGCUGCACGUUAACCAGAAGAAUUCUUGGGUAGCUGAAGUGGGAAACUAAACUAGAUUAAAUGCCUUUUUGAAAAAAACCAUUGCUUCUUGUCCGAUAAGCAAUGCAUUUCAAAUCCCCGAAAAUACAUCUUUCUAUGAGAAUAAUGUUUAGGUAUUGAAGAACUUUCCGAUAUUAUAUGUUUUUCCUUUGACUGCGUAUAAAAAUUUCGCAUAUCGAUGCAGAUUUAAAUUAAAGAAAUGUAUAAAAAUACGGCAGCUGCAAAACUCACGACAUCGUGACUAAUUGAUUAAUUAUUUACAGCUGCAUGCUAUUUACAAGCAGUUGUGUGCACACUUUACUCAAAUACGUAGUAUUUAAAUAUGUAGUAUUGGAACAAUAAAUAAAUAGUUACGCCCCAGUAUCCAUCUUCGGGUACCCUUAAAAAUAAUUACCCGAAAGCAGUAACCAACGAGUUACAAGGCGAAAACGAAACAGGCCUUUGAGUAAACAUUUUCCAAGGACCUGAAGAUAAAUUUUUAGGCCGCUACGACCUAAUUUUUUGCUUAAAAUGCGACUAUACUUGCACGUACCCCCGGUCUAUCAUUCAAAUACAGUCUGGUCUGAUUCUUAUACCGUUACUUCGAUAAUGGCUUAUAUAAAACAUUAUUACAUAUUAAAAUAGUUAUAUGUACUAUAUUUGCUUAAUAUUCUAUAAAAAAAUAUAAAAUACUUUCCUUUGCAGAGCAAAGUUUUCUAUUGUCAAUAAGGCAGUCAAUUAGUCAAUUUCUCUAUGUCGGAAUAUCGGUUAAUUAAUGAAACUAAAGGCAUUAGUCAAUUGUUAUUAUUAUCUUAGCGGAAUGUAUAGUUUAUUGAUUGAAUUAAAUUUAUUACAUGAAUUGUUUUUAAACAAGUUGGCAAAUUUUAUUAAUAAAUACGGUUUUAUGAACCAAUAGUAUCAUAUGAAAACAUAUCAAUGUAGGUGGCAGGAAAAGUCUUGAAACAUUACUGAAGAUUUUUCCAUUGCGGCCUGUUUGCAAAAUCACACGACGGUCUGAAUGGGUCAAACGUUGAAAUUUGAGCGUCAGAAUUUAAAUAAAAUAAACGGAAUUAAGUACUGAACGUAGAUACUCCAUAUCAUGUCUUAGAUCACGAUAUUAUAACACUACAAUAGAUAUACAUACCAUUGAUAUCGAAAUCUAAUGAAACCAAAAUAGCUUUUAAUAAAAAUGAUGCACUUCAGUAUUGGUUAAAUAAUUUGAAAGGUAAUUUUGCAUUAUCCGACUAUAAAAAUUACUACUAACCAUACAAAAAUUCAGUUUUAGAAAUUACGUUGUGUAAAAAUAUAAUAUCUAGAACUAUUAUAGAUAUCUAGAUGUGUAGCUGAUGCAAUAAUGUUGUAUGAUAAUUGAAAGAAUCUUUAUUUAGAAUCGUAAUCAGAAAACUAUAUUUUUCUCUAUCAUUUAUUUACUUUUAAAUGUAUUGUUAUUGUUCAAUCACACAUUGUCUAUUACGUUAUAUACUAUCAAUACAGUAUAAUAUUUUCGUGUGGUAGAAGUUCGAUUAUAUCAUGUAUCUACUCAAUAUGCUAUUCUGUGCUCAAAGUUAAGCAAAAGACCGUAUAAAUCGAGCUUCUACCGAUCACCAUAAAUAUGCGUUAUCUCUAUAUUGUAAAUAUACUCGAACCUAUGCACCUAUUGUUAACUCAGCACUUGAUGUUUGCACUAAACGUUGUAAUAUAAUAAUUGCACUUUCACUAUUAUGAAAAAAUGUUAUAGACAUAUUUUUGUUACGAAAUUAUAUAUAAAUAUCCAUUAUAAAAAAACCCCAAAACAAACUGGGAAGGUAUUGUUAUUCUCAAAACUGGGAACUGAAUCUUGAUUAGGCAUUCUAACAAAAAUAUGUCUUUCCUUUGUAUAUUGAUGUUGUUUGCAAUAUAAAUGUACCCGAAAGGAAAUAUUGCUCUUGUUUGUUGCUACUUAAGCGAAUACUUCUAAAUUUUGUCUAAAACAAGAAUGUUUAAAAUAUUGUUUAAUGCCCGAUCAAAUAGGUUUAACAAUUAUUACUGAGAAAACAAAAUCGACGAACAAACAAGUGUUAUAUUCCUCGAUCGGUGAUAGAAUUAUUGGUGUUCAAUUAGGCACUUAUAUUUGGUGCAAUGCUUAUUUAUUCUUAGUUUGUGCUGUUUUUGACAUUUAAUCAGAUGUCUUACGUAAAUAUUUAUUUUCUAUGAUUGAGAUUCAAUUCAUCAUGAUCUGAAAACAUGACUUUGUGUCUUCAUUUAAAAUUUGGUAAUUAUCCAGUAGAAAGUAUCCACUUAAAAUUCUGGUCAACUUUUAGUAAAUUAUUAAUUAACGAUUAAUAAGCCCCUCAUGCUUUUCUGCCAAUUUUAAGGCUGCGCUGCUUGCUAUCUUGCGGAAAAUUUCUUCUUUCGGUUGUUCUUAGCUGCUUACGCCAUAUUGUUAUCGUUGUGAUCGAUUACACUUUAGACUCUAAGAGAAAUGUAAAUUUACAUAUUUUAAUGUUACAUAUUAUGUAAAAAGGUAUAGAACCGAACGCAUAGUCAUCCAUACCCAAAUCCAUUACGGCUUAAUAGGCAUCGAAUUUUAAUUGGUAAAAGUGGAUGUAUAAAAGAGUAGAAAAAUAAAGUUAUAGCUGUCUUUA